CAUCAAAGUAGCUCUCAGUUGAGUUUUCCAAUUUUCGAAACCACAUUCGCUUUGUCAAAAUUGUAAAGAGUUUAAGCGAACUUUCGGAUUCGUUUGGCAUUGUGGUGCAAGUGAAAAUCGCAGCCGGAGAUGGACACGCCAGUUCCGAUGGCGAUGGUACCCACCAGCCUCAAUCCAAUGCUCGUCCAACGAUCAAUGCCGGCGACCGUGGCCAGACCCAGUCAAUCCAGGACAAAAUCACCGGAUAACGAGGCGAUGGAUACCGUUUUGGUCUUUAAAAGCAAGGAAAAGGUGGCUCCGCCGGCAUCAACCUGGUUGAUUACCCUCCAGCGGCUAAUGGAUGAGGUUCGGGAGGCACUGCGAGGACAACCGCAUGCCAGUGACAUUCGUCUACUGAUCUUUACGGCGGCGGCCAGUAGCCAGGAUCACGAGCGGACCCUCAUCCCGGUGCCGCCGCAAUUCCAGGCCAAGCCCGGCUCUGGCUGUCAAGUGGAUCGACUGCGUCGCUCCGUCGCCGACAAUUGGCCAUCGUGUCGCCUCAUGCUGGACAGCCCCAGUGCCGACGAGCAGUAUGCCGAUUUGACAACCGAUGAUGUGGAGGCCCUACACUUGCUGCACUGGCUCCUGGUGGCCACGCCCUCAUCGCCCACUUUGCGUCGCAUGUCGGGAUUGCAUUUGCGACGACUCUGCCGGGUCUUGGGAUUGGCACGUCCCACCUUGGAGCCCGGUCAUCUGCUGAGCAUCAGCUAUGAAAAGGAUAAACAGGGGCGAUGGGAGGCUCCAAGUGCCAAGCCCAGUUAUGCCUUUCUGGGCUUGCCAUUCAAGUAUCUGUAUCGUUUCCUGGCCACUGGCAGCCUGGAGCAUCCACCAGGUGUACCCAUCCGUUUGUAUGCCCAACCGGAAACGGCUUUGGUUCACUGCGAAGAGGUGGAUUUGCCAUCACUGCCGCCGCCGCCGCCGCCGCCGCCGGAGGAGGAGGAGCCGAAAGUCCAGGCACAGGCGGAGGAGCAGCCCUCGCCCUCCCGAUCCUCUCCGGGUGAGGAGAAGUCGGAGAACCCACUGUGCUGGCGGAACUCCAUCCUGACUUCACCGCAAAGGGCUCUGGUGAUUUGCCAAUUGCCACCGGAGUUGGACGAGUCCAUUGCCCAUUCGCCGGAGAAGCACUUCUUGGAGUACUUUGUCCAGGAAUCGGUGGGCCUGAGGCCCUGCUAUCUGCUCCUCUUCGACGAGUCGGUGGCCGCCAAAAUAAUGUACGCCUGGCCGGGCAGACGCAUCGAGGUGGAGAACACUGGUCCUUCGCUGGCCCAGAGAUCCCGUGCCAGGAUUUUGGGAUGGGCAAGGCAUGUGGGAGACAAGUGGGGAGCCUUCAAGCGGGCCCUAGCCGCCCUAUAGCUCCCAUCUAUAUGAAUAUUUAUAAUACAGACUAUGGGAAUACUUGGGAUUUAAGACUGUUUUUAGAUUUCUGGCUGGAUCCUUGAUCUCGGCCAGGUAAAGUCCCGGAGACGAUGACUCCAGCGACCUGGAGCUACUUGAUGUUUCGAUUUUUCUUUAUCAAUUGUUAAUAAAUAUGUGGCUAAAUUCA